AUGGUCAACAAAUACACCAUCGUUAUCAGAAACAACACGGGCAGUUCCCAAAACUACAACCUCGUAGGCGAGAAGCCAGAGGUCACAGGCAUCUCCAGCAGUAACGUUUGGACAAACGUUUACCAGUCAAGCGAGGGCUGUCCCGAUGGAGGGCAGACCGAGUUCGAGAUCUGGAAGACCUACUACGGCACCGUCGGCUCCUGGAGGGGCAGCCCCAAGGAGGGAACUAAAGUCCAGAUCGCGCAGGCGAAGGCAGUGAAUCUUGGUUCACAAUCUGAUGAUGGCAGUCAGAAUCCUGGGACGACUCUGAACAUGGUUGUGGUCAACGGGCGUAUGCCUUCGUUUGACAGAUCGCCGGGACCGUCGUCUGCAUUCGUCAAUGCCUUUGAGAUCGACACCGGCAAUGACUUCACCCUUCAGACGGCUACAGAGAAUAACUUCUUUGUCGGUGUGGCUGGUUCUCCCGAUGGCGGUAGCAAUGUUCCCCUUGCUACUUUCAGGCCCGAGCCUGGCAACCAGUAUCAGAUCAAGCCUGCCGACACCUUCUAUAUCUCGUCUGGUCAGGGAUUGCAAGUCGGUCAACUGGUUGACGUAGCUAAGAUGAGAAAUUCGCUGCGCAUUGACUUUGCAAACAGCAGUCCCAACAUCACCAUCAACCAUGCGCCAAAUGGCCAGCUUGUUAUUGUCAGAUAA